CCGAAUUCAUGUAGGAAGUGCAUGGAACUCCGCAACGACACGCUUGCAGUAUAUCUAUGCCAACCGCUUUCUUCCUCUUUUUCAUCUUCAGUGACGGAGGUAGCUGAUAUUGACUUUCUCUAUAUGACCGCGAGGGCUUUCAAAGUCAUUCUAUCAUCUUUAUCCUCAGUCCAAGAGACCAAGCCGCUUGCUGUUGUGAUCUGACCAACUGUUCGAAUCCUCUCGAGAGAACAAACAGACUCCAGAGUCUCAGCCUGCGCCCACUGCGGCGCCACCCAACACAGAUCAUGUGGAUUUUCCCGCUUGUAGGGUACUUGGGAGUGAUCGUAGGAUUUGCUUUCCUCACCCUAGCAAUAGCUUCGGGGCUAUAUUACCUGUCAGAGCUCGUGGAGGAACACACCGUCCUUGCCCGUCGGUUACUAUCCCGGCUGAUAUACAGUAUAAUCCUCGUUCAGAUGCUCCUUGUCGUGUUUGAUCGGUUUCCUCUCGGCCUCUCAGCCCUUAGUAUCGGCUCCCACCUUGUAUAUGCCAGCAACCUGCGCCGCUUCCCAGUCGUGAAAUUAUCCGAUCCCCUCUUCAUCUUGUCGUGUGUUCUCGUGGGUUUGAAUCAUUGGCUCUGGUUUCGUCACUUCUCACAGCCAUUGCCCUCGACGCGAAGCCCAACAAGCUGGCGACACCCAUAUCAAGUCACCGUUGAGGAUAUGCCAACUUUCACUGAAGUGGCAUCCUACUUUGGACUAUGUGUUUGGUCAGUCCCUUUUGCGCUUUUCGUCAGCCUAAGUGCUGGGGAAAACGUUUUGCCUAGCAUGGGUUCCGAGUAUGUGACAGGGGAGCACGUUCCUGGCUCUGCAUUCACUAGCGGCGCUUUGUCGUCAGAUAGCAGGUCUAAGAAUAAGGGGAUGGCGAAAGCAUUGGUGGAUGGCUUCCGGAAUUGGGUGAGUGAGAAUGGGGAAUUGAUGGGAUUUUGGAAAGGUGAACGGUCGAAGAGAUUCUAGGUCUCUGAUACAUGUCUUCAUGCCCAACAUCCACAUGCAAUAUAAAUUGCACCUUGAAAUAUGGCACAAGCCGUUUCAUCUAAGUUCAUCAUACGAUAGAAGUGAUCAUGCAAUCUCUUGAAUAGAG